AUAUGUCUGAAAUUGUAUAGGGUUUCCUUCCUGAGCAGAGCGUUGGACUAAAAGGCCUCUGUUAUUCUGUUAAUGUAAUAGGUGUGAGAUAAGGAACAGUUAAUGAGUCAGGUUGUUGUAGAGGUUAAGGCAUCAAGCUAGAAACAUGGAGACUUCUAGUUCUGCCUUAGGCCCAAACCUAAAUGGCAAAUCACCUAUGAAAAAAUCUUGCAACAAAACUGAAAGAACUAUUCCAGGCAUUCUCCAACAAUCAGAUGCAAUUGAACACAAGAGAAAAUAUGAACAGUUAAUGGUUGUUGAAGAGGUGUGGACUUCAGUUCUCAAGUUCAAUAAGCAGUCGUUGAGGUUUGAGAAAAACUGAGUUAAGGGAUUUUGUUGUGAAUUUAAAACAAAAAAAAAUGGAGAAAUGGGACACUGAGGUUUGAUGAUGAUGUGAAUCUUUUGUGGAUGUAUAGAUGAUGAAAUGAACACUCCCAAAACAUAAAUUCUUCAUAUGAAAGAAGUCUAAUUUUAUUUAUGAACAGACAUUGCCUCUUUCCAUCUGUAAUGAGAAAUGUCCUUUUGGCUACAGCAAGGUCAAAGUAGAAGGGAAAUUAUCUUGCUGCUAUGACUAUAGACGGUGUCCAGAAGGGAAGAUAGCUGACCAAAUGGACUUAGAUGAUUGUUUCCCAUGUCAAGAGGAUCAAUAUCCAAACAAGGGUCAAGAUUAUUGUCUUCAAAAAACUAUAACUUAUUUAACUUUCCAAGAGUCCUUGGGUAUUUCUUUGGUAAUAAUUGCAGUUUCCUUUUCUGUCAUCUCAGCUGAGGUGCUGGGAAUCUUCAUUAAGCACCAGGACACUCCUAUUGUCAAAGCCAACAACAGGAACCUCACCUACAUACUUCUCAUUGCUCUCCUGCUCUCCUUCCUUUGCACUCUGCUCUUCAUUGGGCAACCUGACCAAGUGAAAUGUCUCAUGCAACAAACUACUUUCGGCAUCAUUUUUUCUAUAGCUGUUUCUUGUAUUUUGGGUAAAACAACCAUAGUAGUUCUUACAUUCAUGACCACCAAGCCAGGCUCUAAAAUGAGGAAAUGGGUGGGGAGAAGGAUGGCUAACACUAUUGUCCUAUCUGUCUUUAUGGCUCAAUUUACCAUUUGUGCAGUGUGGUUGGCAAUUUCUCCCCCAUUUCCAGAUUCAGACAUGUAUUCCAUAGUUGAAGAAAUUGUCUUGGAAUGUAAUGAAGGUUCAACCAAAAUGUUUUAUAUGGUGCUUGGCUUCAUGGGGUUCUUGACUGCUGUCACCUUCACAGUGGCCUUCCUAGCUAGGAAUCUACCUGGCAGCUUCAAUGAAGCCAAAUUUAUCACCUUCAGCAUGUUGGUCUUUUGCAGUGUCUGGGUGUCAUUUGUUCCCACUUAUUUGAGUACAAAGAGGAAAUAUAUGGUGGCUGUAGAGAUCUUCUCCAUUUUGGCUUCAGCAGCUGGAUUACUGGGUUGCAUCUUUUUCCCCAAAUGCUAUAUCAUUAUUCUGAGACCUGAUUUGAAUAAGAAGGAGCAACUAAAAAAGAAGUGAAAACUUAUAUUUAUACCAGACUCUUUGAAUAAAGGCAUAUUGGUUUCUUUCAGAAUACAGGGAUUUCUUUCUUUCUUUCUUUCUUUCUUUCUUUCUUUCUUUCUUUCUUUCUUUCUUUCUUUCUUUCUUUCUUUCUUUCUUUCUUUCUUUCCAAUUUUGGGUAUUCUGUAUUAUUCCCUUAUAUCCCCACAUCAAAUGACAUACCAGUCAGUAACUUGAUAUAUAGUGUUACAGAUAUGUAACUUACAUUCACUCUAUGAAACCAUGACAGAUAAUAUUGCAUGUCUCUCUUGCUCUUCAUGAAGAUUCCCAUGAAAGGGAGACAAUUCAGUACCUGAAAGUAAACAUAUAGCAAACCCAUAUGACUGCAACCUCUUGUUCAAUAUACAGGAAGUUUUCUCUUCCAGAAACAGGCUUUCUGAAUUAUGAGGACAAGUAAGUACAGACAUUAAGAGCCACAUAUGGAAGUGAUGUAUAAAGUAGUAUGUGAAAUCUCUCCAUCACACCACUUCAGCUCUGCUUCAUUUUGAUAGCAGCCUGCCAUAAAUGUCGGGCUGGAGGAGGAUACAAGGAAGGGGAAUGACUGCCAACCAGAAACAAUGAUUGAAUGAUCCAAGGACACAGGCAUGGGAAUGGAACACCUACUAAAGAGGUGCCAAAUGUAGAAUUGUUAUCAAGACUACUAAUUUGAACUUUAUUGGACAAUAACAAAAUGAAGAAGAAUAGCAAGAACUUGAAGAAGUCCUUGAAGAAGAUGUUGUUGAAGAAUUGCUUCUUAGCUUUUCUCAUAUAAUUCAUCUUAUUCAUGAUCACAAGUGUCCUGUGUUUGUUAAUUUAAUUGAUGUCAUUCUUAUUCAUAAGCCUUGGAUGAUAUUACAUUCUGCCUGCUGAGAUUGUUUCAUAAAGCAUUUUUUCUCUUUUUUUUCUUUUGUUUGAAAUUGAUGAGUGAAACUUUUUUCACAUCUUAAAGAUAUUAUUUUGUUAUAAGAUGUAAUAGAAUAAUGUAAGGAUGUAAAUACUAGAUUAUAUUUAACAUGUAGAGCGGGAUUAAGACACUUGUAACUAUAAAUGAUGAAUAGAAUAGAAUAGAAUAGAAUAGAAUAGAAUAGAAUAGAAUAGAAUAGAAUAGAAUAGAAUAGAACUGGAAGGAACCCUGGAGGUCUUCUAAUCCAGUCUCUGCUCAUGCA